CUGAGCCUGACUCAGCCACGCAGACUUAUUGAGCAAAACUAAACGCGUGCUCUCCUUAAACUGACCCCACGGUCUCGCUCGUUUUCGCCUCCGUUGGAUUCAUUUGCGUUUCGUUUGCGGCCGGGACAGUUUUGACGAGCGAGAAAGAAGGUGUCAGUAUAAAUCAUUUGGACCACCAAGUGACGCGCACUAAGUGUGGGGAUUGAUGGAUGGGGACUGCUCAUGGAUGUCUGUCUGUGAGCACAUCUGAAACCAGCCCGAGAGGAUAAUUUAAUAAAUGUUGCUUUACCAUCUGGGGGCUUUUGCCAGCUCUGCAGGACUUAAGAACGCCCACACUGCGGGUCACUCUGCCCCCAAAUCUGCUCUUCCACCCUUGUUCUCCCACUCCCUUCCUCUGCUCCCUCUUUUGAUAGGAUUGGGGCUUUUACUGUGUUCUGCGUGCUUAGUGUCAUCCAAAUUCCUGUGUGUAUCACUGCAGACUGCAAGUGUCCGUUGGCUGAAGAAAGUAUGCAGUAUUGGCCCCCACCCAGCAUAAUGGACUUGUAACAACUGCAAGCAGUUAAUCCAAAUGUUCAUCAAUUCUCAGGACGCAUUGCAAGGACUUUACUAAUUUAGGAGUAUAGAAGAGUUUUUUAAAUCUUUUUAAAUAAUUCUAAUCCAGAAAAAAGAACUUUAAUGCUCAUGUAAAGUGUACACCAUGAGCUCGGACAGUUUUCAGUACCGUGCACUGUUUGAGUACAAGCGGGAGAGGGGAGAUGACAUCUCUUUGCAACCUGGAGACCUUCUCACCGUCAGCAAAUUAGCACUUCUGACACCAGACUACCAGGAGGGUGAUGAGAAAAACCCCAAGGGCUGGCUCCACGGCACUAAUGAGCGCACCAAGGAGAAUGGCGACUUCCCCGGCACCUUUGUGGAGUAUGUUGGGGUUGUGCGAGUGGGCCUACCUGCUGGAAAGCCCUGGCCUCGGCCUGUACCCCCAACCCCUGGAGGGCCCCAAACACCUGUAGGGCCCCAGCCUCCAGGGGCCUGUGCAUCAGGGGGUUGCGGGUUGGGGGAUGUUGUGGAGCAGUGUGCCGUGCCGGACCAGGCCCCAGUCGUGGUCCUCAGACUGACUGAAGCUCUGGAAAGACUGGGCUGGGAAAACGAGACAAUCUACAGGACCCCUCCUGUUUCCACUGGACCCCCUGAAUUACGACAGGCCCUGGACACAGACCCAGCUGCAGUGGACUGUGAGCAGUAUGACUUGUCUGUGUUGGCGGAUGCUCUGAGGUUUUACCUGCAGGAGCUGCCGUGUCCACUCAUCCCUGCUGUGGUCUACAGUGAGCUGGUCUAUACUGCUCAGGAAACACAGAGUUUGGAGGAGUGUGGUCAGCAGCUGAAGAGAAUCCUGGACUCUCCCAGCAUCCCACAGUCUAACCACCAGCUUCUGGUCUAUCUGACCCGACACCUCAGCAAGGUAACCCAGAGUGGAGGGGCUGCUCAGGCCAGUCCCAGGCUGCUGGGCCAGGUCUACAGCGAGGCCGUCUUCAAAAACAACCACUUCAGUGCCGAUGUGAACCCAGAGCACCAUGUGAAGAUUCUGGAGGCUCUUAUCGUGGUUGGAGGCCUGAUGGAGAUGCAAGCUGCCCCAGCUCUUCCUCCCAAACCGGCCAAACCCAUGACUCCUGUGAACAGCAAUGGUGUGAAGGAGGCUGCAAGCAGCUCGUUACAGGAAGCAGAGUGGUACUGGGGAGACAUAUCAAGGGAAGAGGUGAAUGACAAAUUGCGAGACAUGCCAGACGGAACUUUCCUGGUACGGGAUGCCUCUACAAAGAUGCAGGGAGAUUACACGCUAACUCUGAGGAAAGGUGGCAACAAUAAGCUAAUAAAGAUCUACCACCGUGAUGGCAAGUACGGUUUCUCGGAACCUCUCACCUUCAGCUCAGUGGUGGAGCUCAUCAGUCACUACAGACACGAGUCUCUGGCUCAGUACAACACAAAACUGGACGUCAAGCUCAUGUACCCCAUCUCCCGCUACCAGCAGGAUCAGCUGGUAAAAGAAGACAACAUCGACGCUGUAGGGAAGAAACUCCAGGAAUAUCACAAUCAAUAUCAGGAGAAGAGCAAAGAGUAUGAUAGACUGUAUGAGGAGUACACAAAAACCUCACAGGAGAUUCAGAUGAAGCGCACCGCAAUAGAAGCCUUCAAUGAGACCAUCAAGAUAUUCGAAGAGCAGUGUCACACGCAGGAGCGCUACAGCAAGGAGUAUAUUGAGCGCUUCCGCAGAGAGGGCAAUGACAAGGAGAUCGAAAGGAUCAUGAUGAACUACGCCAAACUCAAGUCACGUCUCGGCGAGAUCCACGACAGUAAGAUCCGCCUGGAGCAGGACCUGAAGACACAAGCUCUGGACAACAGGGAGACAGACAAAAAGAUGAACAGCUUAAAGCCAGAUCUCAUCCAGCUAAGGAAAAUCAGAGACCAGUAUCUUGUCUGGCUCAACCACAAAGGUGUACGACAGAAACGAAUAAACGACUGGCUGGGCAUCAAAAACGAGAACACAGAUGACGCUUACUUUGUGAGUGAAGAGGACGAGAACCUGCCGCACUAUGAUGAAAAGAGCUGGUUUGUUGGGGACCUGAAUCGCACACAGGCUGAAGACCUGCUUUUAGGAAAGCCUGAUGGAGCCUUUCUCAUUCGUGAGAGCAGCAAGAAGGGCUGCUACGCCUGCUCUGUAGUCGUUGACGGUGAGGUGAAGCACUGUGUGAUCUACAGCACGCCCCGUGGUUAUGGCUUCGCCGAGCCUUACAACCUGUACAGCACUCUCAAAGACCUUGUUCUGCACUAUCACCAGACCUCACUGGUCCAGCACAACGACUCGCUUAACGUGCGGCUGGCCUACCCCGUGUACGCACAGAUGCCCUCAGGCCCUCGCAGAUGAGGCUCCGCCUGCCCAAACACAACCUACCUACACACCAACGAGAAAAAAACACGCUGUCACAAAAAAAAGAAACAAAAACAACAACAAAAAAAACACAACAAACACUUGCUGCAACACACACGUCAGCCACCUUGGAGUUCUAUAUUUUUACUAGAACAAUUUGGAGGGCAUUCUUUCUAAAGACUGCUUGAUUUGCACAAGGAAGUUUUAAAUGUUUGUGAAUGUGAAAAAAAAGAAGGAAGCAGAAGAGGCGAGUUUCAGGUGACCCGCGCUGCUACCUAAACUCCAGCUGGGACUUUUUACACGCUCCGUAUGAAUCUUUUUUUUUCCACUCACUUUUUUAUUAUUUUUUCCCCCCCAUUGUCAUUCAGUUGUGCUUUGUUUUGUCUAUCUUUCUUUACUAAAUGCAAGGCAGGAAAAUGUGUCUCUCUCUCUCUCUCUCUCUCUCUCUCUCUUUCUCUCUCUCUCUCUCUCUCUCUCUCUCUCUCUUUCUCUCUUUCUCUCUGUCUCUCUUUCUCUCUCUCUCUCUCUGUGUGUGUGUUGAAAAAGCAAAAACUAUGUAGCAAACGGACGCCUGACACUUUCCAGAGUGUUUCUCACAGUGACUGCUGCUGAACAAGGGAUUGUGGGAUGGGACGGGACAGGACUGGGGGUGGGAGGGACAAGUUGAGAGGGCACAAGUGAAAAUGUGUUGUAGUCUUAAAAAAAAAAAAGCUUGUUUUCAUACCAACCUUAGAGGAGAGCUGUUCACUUUUGUUUGUUUUCUUGCUGGAUCUGCUCUUUAUUCUUUAUUCUUUAUAUUUUUGAAUCCUUUCUGAGCAGUAAAGGUGUCGUUAAAAGUCCAUUGCAGAGACCAAAGUUGGCAUGGGGAGGAAAGUCCCAUUUAGUUUUUAUUUUAUUUCUUUGUUCUGUUGACUUGUUUUAAUGAGAGUGAGAGGAAAGCAAAUGUUUAUGCUAAUAAAUUGUUUGCUAACCACACAUAAAAUAGAGUUUGGGCCUGUGUCCUGUGCUGAAGCUGUUUUUUUACCAAAAUCGCAUGCACAGAUGCGGUCGAUAUGAAGCACUUAUUUAAUAUGGAAAAUAAAUACUAAUUACAGCUGCACGUUUUAUAUGCCAAAUUAAAACCACAAAACGUGAACAAAAUGCUCAAAAGAGAAAUCCCGAAACACUAUUUGAUGUGUGGUUUUAAAAUAAUAUGGAUUCUAUAUGCUAAUGUAUUUUUUAUUUUAUUAAUUUUUUUUUUUUAAAGAAAUUUGGAUUUUGUGUAUUUGUUAAAGAGACAUUCAGAAAUAAGCUUUGAAUUGCUCAGUGUACAACAAACAGAAGCAGCGGUUCAGUGAUGAGAGACAUUUUUAGGCUAUGAAAACUUGAAAAAAGUGCAAUCCAGCAUUGUGUUGAUAAUGUCAGCGGUCUAAGACAGAUGCACGAAAUAAGCUCAGAUGCACCAGUGAGCGAUAAUCACGUGCACCAAGACCCAUUUGAAUUCUGUUUCUUUUUCCUUUGAGAAGAUGCUCAUCUUUCUGCCAGGUGCUAUUAGAGAGGAAAUAGACAGCAGUCAACCAUUUGGCAACCUGUUUCAUUUUCUUGUCGCACAAUAAAACCUUUUCAAAAAUCAGACAGUUUUGCAGCGAUAUGCACAAUGUCGUCUACAUCAGCACCAUCACUCCCUGUUAUGACUGGACUUGAGGUGCUCAAGCAUGCAGUGUUUGAGUGUCUCUCUCUCUGCUCUGUUGCUUGAGAGUUUCUGGAACAGUAGUUUUUUUUUUCCUCCUGCAUAAUCCAGGCUCUUGUUUUAAGGCCCCCGCUGACAGACGCUUAACCACAGGCUGAUUUACUGCCUUUUAACAAGCACAGGGCAGCUGGUGGGCCUCGACUUGUCCUUUUCAUGGAACAUUUCUCCAGUUUUUUCACAUGCUGUGUGGGCAAGUGAAGAAGUAACUGGGGUAAUUUGUCUAAUACCCCUUUAUUAAUUCUAUGCAUUGUGGCCACAUCCACGUAUUUCAUUCAGAAACAAAUGCACAGACAGUAUUCCUCUUUUCUUGGGUAUUUCAAGAGUUAUUGAUCUAAAAGUCAGAAAAGGCUUCAGAAUCUGAGUUGGGGCCCAAACCAGAGUGCUAUGCAAGCAUUGUCCAGCUUGAGUUCCGUGAAGUGCUGUGGUUGGAUCAGCUCGGGUGUUUUCAUAAAACUGGAUUCAAAUCUUCAUCACAUGGGUCAUGAAGUCAGCAGAUCCCUGUACUUCUGAGUGCUUGGACUUUACCUGUCUUUACCUCGCUACAUCCGUUCUGUACGGCUUAGUUCAGCGUCCAGAGCGCUUGAGAGAAGCCACGUGCCCUCAUGACUUGAAGUGGACUGGAAAUUGAAGCAUGGUUUUUCGUUCUCUUGCUCUCUCUGCCCUCUUCAUUUCAGCCUUGCUGCUGGCUUGCACCAUGGCAACUGUCGCAAGAGCAUCUGAGCUCCUCUUGAAUCAGUUUUUGUGACUCUUGGUGGGGAAUAAUUGGCUGGGGAGAGAGCAGCAAUGGUCCUUCCCAGUGCACAGUUGGAGUCUGGAGCCUGGGCAGAUGAAUGUCUCCUUUCCAUGCCUGCUCUCUUCACUUUGCAUGACAGACCUUUGUCCACCACCAUACUUCACUUUCAACUUAUCAACAGCCUUCUCGGCUAAUAUUUGGUUUCCUUUUCUGGACAAAUAGCGGCAGCCGUGUCAAUAAGAAUAGAGUCUGCAUUUCUUGAUUUUCUGUAAGACCUUGUAGACUGCUUAUAAUAUCUUUCUCUCUCUUUUUAACCUUCCUUCUUGUAAGAUCCAGAUUGUUCAUUUAACCUGGAUCCCCAAGGGGUCCUCUCUAUUACUUGAACUAUAGCAUUGCUCACUGUUGAAUGUCUUUAUAUUGCAUAUAUACAUAUAUUAAAGAAGAGGAAAUCCCUUUUAUGACAGGAGUUGAUUGAGUUUGAGAUAUAUGUACACGUUUGUACGCAUUUAUUCAGAGACACAGAACUUUUUUUUUUCUCUUUAAGGGGUUUGCUUUAACUAAAACUAUGACUGUUUAUUGGAUCCUGCUGUCCAAUGUUGCACACAUCAUUUUUGAAGAGACUUUUUAGAGUAACAUACAAGGCCGGCAACUGAUGUGUUUCAUGUCGUACAACUCAUCCCAUGUUCGUACGUGACAUUUAGUAAAGAAUUGUUUGGACUGGGUUGUAAAUUUUCCUUUUAUUUGUGAUUAUCAUUACUUUCCCAGGCAUUGAGACCAAAGAUUUGAGUUUGAUUUACAUUCUCCUAGCUAGUGAUAGUUUUGAGGGGAAUAUUUUCCUUGAUUUAUUUUUUUAUUUUUAUUUUUUUUCCCAUCCAUUGCCUUGCUUCCAUGCGAACUCAAGUCGCUUUCUCGAUUUGGGUUUUCAUUGUUAGAUCCUUAUUUGUCUGAUGACAUACUGGCAACCUUGACUAUUACUGUCAAUAUUAAUAAUGGGCUUUGUGUUGUCCAACAUUUAGCAUGUGCUUAUACAACAGCAUGGAUGUGAUGGGAUGAAUUCUUGAAUUCUUGCCAUUAGCUCCUUGGUGAUAUUCAAGCCAGACAACUAAAACUGAGGUCAAUCUGAGUUGAGAACUUUUCACUUUUUAGGAAGUGCUCGAUAGUUUUCCGUGUGCCAUUGAUGUGCUUUCUCAUUUCAACUGUAAUUUGACUGUUCAGUCACCGUCGCAACGAAGUCCGAUGUUCGUCUCUCUUUUUGCUUUCCAGAACAUGAGUGUAUGUUCAGAAAGGUCUGACCUAGCUGGAGGCGUCUGUUUUCUCUCCUUCGGAAAUUUGCGUAGCGAGAGAAAAGAAAACUACUUUUCUAGUAGUCCUAGUAAUUUGUGGUUUGUCUCAGAAGGAAACGUGCUCAUCAUUCUCUGCAGGGCAGAAAGCAGUGGGGUUCGUUGGCAUUCUUUGUUCAGGCACUCCACAAAGCAUGCAAUAUUCCAUUCUCGUUUUCUUUCUUAAAGGUUUCAGGGACAAAAAGAAAAAACAUAAGCAUUGCAUUGGGGUAUUCGUAUGAAAGACAUGUUUACCAGAGGAGAAAAAUGCGCUUUUUUUGCAUUGAUGUGAGAAUGGGAUGGGGGAACAGAUUUUAAGAAACACACACAAAAAAAACAAAACAGAUCAAAGGUGCAUUACUUCAGAAGCUCAAACGGUUUGGGCGUGAACCAAAACAACCUUCUCCACUCAUCUAGACGUGUCUGAGUUUUCGGUCCGAGUCAUGUCGGGGCAGUUUGAAGACCAGGCUUGGGGUUCUUUUUUUUCUGGGACUGUUAACCAACGAUGUCUGUUGCUCUUGCCCCUUUUGUGCAGUUCUGCAAAGUUUUAUUUGCAGUCAGGUUUGAAUAUGUGGCGAUUCUCAUUGGGAGUCUUUUAUGUUCUUACCACUGCUGUCACAUCACGAUACUCAGCACAGCUUAAUGGAGUAAAGCUUCUUAUUAUUUAAAAAAGAAAAAGAAAAAAAAAAGAAAAGAAAAAAAGAAAAAAUCUAUAUAAAGAAAAAACUCUCACUCUCCCUCCCACUUUGACAUACGUACAAACCCAGCAUGCUUCUUUGGUACUCUUGACUGUUGUUUUGUGUAAAAAAGAAAAAGAUGAAAAGAAAAAAAAAACGCUGAAACAAAAACUGUUAUUUGUCUGUUUAUGGUGUAGUCAGAUAUAAAUUUUGAUAUAGCUUAUUAAGAAAACACUGCUUUUUUCAGCUGAAAUAAGUUUGAACCCUGUGUUUCAGUGGACAAUGCAAAAAUGAUAUUGUUCUUAAAUACUGAGAAUGAGGGCCAGCGUCAGCAAUAGUGAACCAACCUCGGCGUUAUUGCAAGAUUUUAUCGGUCGUAAUAAAAAUGUAUUCAUUCGGUACUGUUAAUCUGUCUAUGCUUGAAACCCAACUUUUUUGAAAAUGCACACUAUUUCAUGAAUUUCAGCCCUCCACCAGCAGAGUGUUCCUUGUACUUUUAUAGACUCAGCUUGAGCAAUAAGCCACGGGGCCCCAACUCUCCAUGUCGCAACAGUUAUACAAUGGAAAUCUUAAACGUACCAAGCUCUGUCCAAUACCCACACUUGGUGCAUAUCAAUGACAUGAAAGCAUCUUUUAUUCCUAAAACCUGCAGAACGAUCAGUGUAGAAACUCCUCUUUCUCAGUAUUUGAAUAUCAUCCUUGCUACAGGCUUCUUGAUAUUCCUCAGUUAUGUUUUCCACCAUAUUUUCUUGUAUCCGUUACAAUAGUUUGUAUUGGUUGUAGACUCUCCAUUUGUUAUGAGAUGAACUCGUAUAUUCUCAAUGGAACUCCACGAUAUUCAUUUCUCUUGCAGAAUAAAGAAAAAUAUUUUGUCCAAG